AAUAAGAUCAAACUCUAGAGAGUAUUUUAUUCCCUUCUUUUUUGUCCUGACCAGUAACUCUUGAUACAGUUGAGUGAAGAUGCUUAAAAGCCUGGAUUGUGACUGCUACUUGGGAAGCUCACAAAUUAAAAAAGGAAUAGUUGCAAUGUAAACCUUCCUCCUUUAAACAGUGGAGCAAAUUUUAUACUUUGAGGCACACCUGACUAAACCAUACUGGGGAUCUGUCAGCAGCAAUUAAACUACAUGCUGAAUAUGUAUGUUUUACGUGAGUGAUGCUUAAAAAAGGAAGAAUUAGUAGAAACACUGAUUUUUGUCUAUUACUUUAUAGUAAAGAGGUUCUGGUCUUUCAAAAUCUUCUGGGACAUUUGACAUAGAAUUAUUCAAACUUUUAAGGGACUUGAGGCAAUUUUGGUUCCAGUUUCUAAGUGCUUCUUAACCUGUUCAGUCAACUGCCCUUUGUGUAAAGUACUAUGAAAAUGUAAAACAUUACAUAAAUGCCAUGUAUCAUAAAUAACUUACCAGUUUAUUUUUAUGUGUACAUUGAGUAUUUUGGGCAGGAAACACAGAGAGAGAACACACAUGUGCUGCAGAAGAGAAUAUGUCCUGACGAAAUGACUUGCUCGGAAGACUCCUUAAAAACAGCAGUAAAGGAGAUGCUUGAUCUUAGAACAAAAGCAUGGUGACUUCUGACUAUUACAUCACCAAAUGAGGAACCCACAAGCAAGACAUAAUUUUUACUUGGCGGCACCUGACUUGCUGGAUCCCAAAUCGGCCACUCAGAACUCCAAACCGAGACUAUCCUUUUCCACCAAGCCUACCGUGCUCUCUUCACGGGAGGAAAGUGAUUCGGCCAUUAAUGUUAUGAAAUGGAAGACGGUCUCAACAAUUUUCCUGGUGGUAGUCGUGUAUUUAAUUAUUGGAGCAACAGUAUUUAAAGCCCUGGAGCAGCCUUAUGAGACCUCCCAGAGAACCACCAUCGUGAUUCAGAAGCAGACGUUUGUAUCCCAGCAUUCCUGCGUGAAUGCAACCGAGCUUGAUGAACUGAUCCAGCAAGUAGUGGCAGCAAUAAAUGCAGGAAUCAUACCUUUAGGAAACACAUCUACUCAAAUCAGUCACUGGGACUUGGGAAGUUCCUUCUUCUUUGCUGGCACUGUUAUUACCACCAUAGGCUUUGGAAACAUCUCCCCAUGCACACAAGGUGGAAAGAUAUUCUGUAUCAUCUAUGCCUUACUGGGAAUUCCUCUGUUUGGGUUUCUGUUGGCUGGUGUUGGAGAUCAACUAGGGACAAUCUUUGGAAAAGGAAUUGCCAAAGUAGAAGACACCUUUGUUAAAUGGAAUGUGAGUCAGACAAAGAUUCGCAUAAUUUCAACAAUAAUAUUCAUACUGUUUGGCUGUGUGCUGUUUGUUGCUCUUCCUGCAGUUAUAUUCAAGCACAUAGAAGGCUGGAGCACAUUAGAUGCGAUUUACUUUGUGGUUAUCACUUUAACUACCAUUGGAUUUGGUGACUAUGUUGCAGGGGGAUCGGAU